GGAAAAAAUAGUGCUCCUCCAGACAGUUUUUGGGAAGACAAAAUCUAGAGAGAGAGAAAACAAGGAGAGAGAGAGAGAGAGAGUACUCCAGUAGUACUAGUAUUUGUUUUGGGGGAGUGUGGGUCUGGGAAGCAUGCGCACAGCUGCGCAACAUAUGUCCUCCUCCUCCACUCCUCCUCUCUCAACGACACUCUCAAACUCUUCCACUUCUAACAUACGCUCCCAAUGCUCACCCACUUAACCUCCACCCCUAGCAAAUGCAACCACCAACUUCCAUGGCUCCUCCUGCGCUCUUCCUCCUCCUCCUCCUCCUCCUCCACCCCCUGCUAUCCUACACCGCCGCCGCCGCCGAGAACCUAACCCUAACAGAAAUCGACGCCCUAACCUCCUUCAAACUCUCUCUCCAUGACCCCCUCGGCGCCCUUUCCGGCUGGUCCUCCACCACCCCCUCCGCCCCCUGCGACUGGCAUGGCGUCGUUUGCUCCAACGGCACCGUCACCGAGCUCCGCCUCCCUAAACUCCAGCUCUCCGGCCCAAUCUCCUACCAAAUCGCUAACCUGCGCACGCUGCGCAAGUUAAGCCUCCGCUCCAACUUCUUCAACGGUACCAUCCCUGCCUCCCUCUCCCAAUGCACUCUCCUACACUCCAUUUUCCUCCAGUACAACUCAUUCUCCGGCCAUAUCCCGCCGGCGAUCGGGAACCUCACCGGCCUCCAAAUCCUCAACCUCGCCGGAAACCAUUUCUCCGGCGACAUCCCCGUGAACCUCCCUGACUCUCUCCGUUUCGUCGAUUUCUCGUCAAACGCGUUUUCUCGUCAAAUACCUAGCAAUUUAUCGAGUUUUUCAAAUCUCGAGCUCAUAAAUCUCUCGUACAACGAGUUCUCCGGCGAGAUUCCGGCAGGUUUUGGUGAGCUCCAGAAGCUACAGUACCUCUGGCUGGAUCACAACCUAUUGGACGGGCCGUUACCGUCGGCGCUCGGGAACUGUUCGUCUCUAGUUCACUUGUCCGCCGACGGUAACAACCUCGCCGGAGUUUUACCGGCGGCGAUCGGCGCGCUUCCGAAUCUCCAAGUAGUUUCUCUCUCUAACAACAAUCUCUCUCAGUCAAUUCCUUCUUCGUUGUUCUGUAACGUCUCCGUUUAUCCUCCGUCUAUUCGGAUCGUUCAGUUAGGUUUUAAUGCGUUCAAUGACAUAAUUGCCCCCGACACCGCCACGUGUUUUAGCGUUCUACAGGCCUUGGAUGUUCAGCAGAAUCAGUUACAAGGAGUGAUUCCUAAUUGGAUUAUGAAUAUUUCCACGCUGACAAAUUUGGAUCUUUCUGGAAAUUUGUUUUCCGGUUUAAUUCCCAGUGGGAUUGGGAAUUUACGGAGAUUGGAGGAGGUAAAACUUGCGAAUAAUUCGUUAAACGGAUCGAUUCCGGUUGAGUUAACGAACUGUAGUCUUCUCAGUGUUGUUGAUUUUGAAGGAAAUCGUUUUUCGGGCGAAAUCCCAGUGUUUUUUAGCGAGCUUAGAGGGCUGAAGACAUUGUCACUAGGCGGGAAUCAGUUCUCCGGUUCGAUUCCUUCGAGUUUCGGGAACCUCACUGGGCUUGAGGUUCUGAAUCUAAGUGAUAAUGACUUGACCGGAGAGUUACCGGUGGAGAUAAUGUCACUGAGUAAUCUGACCGUGUUGAGCCUCGGUGGGAAUAAGUUUUCUGGUGAGGUUUUGGUAGAUGUUGGGAAUCUGAGACAGUUGACCGUUCUGAAUUUGAGUGGUAAUGGUUUAUCGGGGAGUGUACCGGCGAGUUUGGGAGAUCUUUACAAGUUGACCACAUUGGAUUUGAGCAAACAGAACCUCUCGGGCGAUUUACCGUUUGAACUAUCCGGUUUGCCGAAUCUACAAGUGAUGGCUUUACAGGAGAACAUGUUAUCUGGGCUUGUUCCUGAGGGUUUCAGCAGUUCGUUGGGUUUGCGUUACUUGAACCUCUCUUCCAAUGAUUUCUCUGGUCCUAUUCCUUCAACGUUUGGCUAUCUUGAUUCAUUGGUUGUUUUCUCCUUGUCUAACAAUCACAUCUCCGGUUCAAUUCCUCCGGAGUUGGGAAAUUGUUCUAGUCUUGAAGUCUUGAGUCUUCGUUCGAAUUCAUUGAGUGGCCAAAUCCCGGUUGAUCUUUCGCGUCUCUCCCAUUUGAAAGAGCUUGAUUUGGGUAACAACAAUCUAACCGGAGAAAUCCCGGAGGAAAUUUCCAAAUGCUUGUCGCUAACUUCUCUUUUACUCGAUUCAAAUCAUCUUUCCGGUGACAUACCAAGCUCGUUGUCCAACCUGUCAAACCUCACAAAACUCGAUCUCUCUGCUAAUAACUUGAGUGGAAAGAUUCCAGCAAACCUUACGCUCCUCUCCAACUUGGUCUACUUCAACGUUUCCCAAAAUAACCUCGAGGGUGAGAUUCCGCCACCACUGGGUUCUAGAUUCAACAAUACCUCAGCAUUUGCCGGAAAUCAGAACUUAUGUGGAAGGCCCUUGGGUAGGAAAUGCAAGGGAGGUAAAACCAGUAGGAGAAAGAAGCUAAUUCUGCUAAUUGUUUUGAUUGCCAGUGGAGUUGGCCUCCUGGCAUUGUGCUGCUGCUACAUUUUUGGACUCCUGAGGUGGCGCAGCAGGCUGAAGAAGGGAUCGACCGGAGAGAAGAAACGGAGCCCGGCCAGGGCUAGUUCCGCGGCAGCAAGUGGGGGCCGCGCCAGCAGCGAAAACGGUGUGCCAAAGCUUGUUAUGUUCAAUAACAAGAUCACUUUAGCCGAAACAAUCGAAGCAACUAGGCAAUUCGACGAGGAAAACGUUUUGAGCAGGACCCGGUAUGGGUUAAUCUUCAAAGCUUGUUACCACGACGGAAUGGUCCUCUCAAUUCGUAGACUCCCUGAUGGAUCCCUUGACGAAAACAUGUUCAGGAAAGAAGCGGAAUUCCUCGGAAAAGUAAAGCACCGGAACCUAACCGUUCUCCGCGGUUACUACGCUGGCGCACCGGACCUUAGACUCCUGGUCUACGACUACAUGCCCAAUGGAAACUUAGCAACCCUCCUUCAAGAAGCGUCCCACCAAGACGGACACGUCCUGAAUUGGCCAAUGCGCCACCUGAUCGCACUAGGAAUUAGCCGCGGAUUGGCCUUCUUGCACUCAUCCUCAAUGGUCCAUGGAGACCUCAAACCCCAAAACGUGCUAUUCGAUGCUGAUUUCGAAGCCCAUUUAUCCGAUUUCGGACUGGAAAAGCUCGUGAUUUCGACUCCCGCGGAUCCCUCCUCUUCUAGAACAGCCUCAGUUGGAACACUGGGUUAUGCAGCCCCAGAAGUACCUUUAACAGGGGUAGCUUCCAAAGAAUCGGAUGUUUACGGUUUUGGGAUUGUGUUGCUUGAGCUACUAACGGGGAAAAGGCCAGUGAUGUUUACACAAGAUGAGGAUAUAGUGAAAUGGGUGAAGAAGCAAUUGCAAAGGGGUCAGAUUUCGGAAUUGCUCGAACCGGGUUUGCUUGAGCUUGAUCCAGAGUCAUCAGAGUGGGAGGAGUUUUUGUUGGGUGUGAAAGUGGGGUUGCUGUGCACGGCGCCAGACCCGCUCGACCGUCCGAUGAUGUCUGAUAUUGUGUUCAUGCUCGAAGGCUGCCGUGUCGGGCCUGAUAUGGCAUCAUCGGCGGAUCCGACCUCCCAACCUUCUCCGGCGUGAUCGAUCACAGAUAGUGUGACGAAAAUUGUUUUGACAUUUUUCUUGUUCUUUAGGGUAAAUGGCGAUUUGGCCUCUUCUUCUUUUUUUUUUGUCAAACGGAAAUUCGCGAUUUGGCCUUCUUUAGUUUUUUGUAGUAGAAGUUUGAUUUUACCCUUGUACAAUCAAAUUUGUCACAUUGCAAUUUGAAUUUGUCAAAAUUGGUCAAA